AUGGCGUCAACUCCAAAUGAGUCCGUCAACUACGACCAGGAUAAACGGGGCUGGGCCAUGGUGGCGGCUAUGUUCACCAGUGCGUUUGUCAUCAUGGGUAACCUAAAAGCGCUGGGCGUCCUCCUCAUUCCUAUCACCAACGACUUGGACAGCGAGCUGUGGCUGGUGGGCUGGAUCGCAAUCUGGUUCAACGCGGGCCAGGACUGCUUUGGGCCUCUUGUGGGAGCUCUUUGUCGCCUAGUGGGUAGCCGUCCCGUGAUGGUAUCUGGUGCACUGCUUCUUACGAUGGGCUUCAUCCUAACGUCUCUGUCACCCAACGUCCCACUUAUGAUCAUUUUCAUUGUCGCAUUUGCAGGUUUUGGUUCUGCAUUGGUUUGGUACAGUUGCUUUUCCGUAAUGGCCUCUUACUUCAAGGAGAAAUACCAACUAGCUGUUGGUAUAUCGAUGAUGGCUACUCCAAUUGGUCUGAUGGUUUACGGGCCCAUGACCCAAUUGCUUCUGGACACCUAUGGCUGGAGAGCAACUAUGCUCUUGCUGGGAGGUUUCUCGUUUCAUCUGGUGGCGUGUGGUCUGUUGGUGCGACGGGAUCCAUCUUCUUCUUUACCAGACACUGAACAGUACCAAGAGAUUUCGGUAAACGAUGAUGAAGAAAGCAAGGAAGAGCGGGGAGAUGGUAGAUACGAGAGCAUAACUGAAACCUCCGACGAUGAAGCGCGUGCAAAGUCAGACUUUCGUAACAGCGGGGUAGAGAAGUGUUAUCAGGGCUUUACGGCAGCACUGGAUUUCGCAGUGCUGACCAAUGUGAGGUUCAUCUUGCAGACCGCCGCUCAUUUCACAUUCAGUUUCUCCUACGGCGGGUACGUGGUGUUCAUGGUGUCGCAGGGGCAAAUCUCGGGCCUGAGCGUCCACCAGGCGUCGUUUCUUCCCUUUGCGCUGGGAAUUGGCAAUAUCAUCGGCAGAGCAUUGCAACCACUCUUGCAGGUGAUUGGUGUUGUACCAUCCAUGACAUGCUGGGCGUUUUUCGGGUCGUCCCUCACAGGCGCAUCAAUGAUUGCAAACGUCUCCAUCAGCUCCUUCUUCGGACAGUUUGCCGUGACUGGACUCACUGGGAUAGGUAUCGGCGUACUGUAUCAGGCUAUUGACGUCUUGUUGCGGUUCCUGUCCACGGACGACCGAUUGGUUAAUCUCAUGGGCUGGCAAGGAGUGUUUGCUGGCCUAGCUGGGGCGCUUGGUGGACUGGUCUCAGGUUGGAUUUAUGAGUGGACGGGGAGUUUCAGCAUAUCCUUCUACGUAGUCCAGUACACUAACACACGCGCCAAAGUGGUGACACCAGAAGGAGAAAUGGAGGAAUUUGAGAUCGUGGCAGGAGUUCGGCAAGGUGACAAUCUUGCACCCUUCCUCGUCAUUAUUGUACUCGAUUACGCCCUGCGCCAAUCCACGAAUGGACUAGAGAAUGAACUUGGCUUCACAAUCGCAUCAAGGAAGUCAAGGCGAGUCCCGGCUGUGAACCUGACAGACCUGGACUUUGCAGAUGAUGUCUGCUGA